CCCAGUAGCCUGGGAGGACGCUGCAGAGGCUGGAGGGAGCUCGGAGGCUACGGGAAAAGCACCCGCUUGUUCUGCAAACCGAGGCGGCAGCACAGAGACCGUAGCUGGAGAAUCGAGAGCUGAAAGCAACUACAAUUAAGCUGAGCUGAGCCGUGGGAGACACAGUGUUCCAGCACUGCCAGAGAUUGCUGUUUACACUUGGGCCUGUCACUGAGGAAAUUCCGUGAGCUACUGAGCACUGAAGUGGGGAUAGACUCCUUAGCAGAGAAAAUGUCUGACCAGGCAACUCCCCCUGCUGCAUCUGGAUCACAUAAAGCGCAAUCUGACCUGAGAAUUGUCCUUGUUGGUAAAACUGGAUGUGGGAAAAGUGCAACAGGAAACACGAUUCUUGGUGCUGAAAAAUUUCAUUCGGAUAUCUCACCCUCUUCAGUUACGCAGGAUUGUGAAAAACAGGAAGCGUUUGUUAAUGGGAGGAAAAUUACAGUGGUCGAUACUCCUGGCCUAUUUGACACUAAGAAAGGUAAUGAAGAAACUUGUCAGAAAAUAGGUAAGUCUGUUAACCACCUCUCCCCAGGCAUCCAUGCCAUUAUUCAAGUCAUGCAGCUGGGUCGUUUCACCCAAGAAGAAAAGGAGGUGGCCAAGGAGAUACAAAAGAUUUUCAAGCUUGAAGCAAAAGCAUACAUGAUCAUCCUGUUCACCCGAAAAGAAGAUCUGGGGAAGAAAACACUGGAUGAGUUCUUAGCAAAGGGUGAUGAAGAUCUUCGGAGUCUGAUUCAGACUUGUAGAAACCGACGCCUUGCUUUCAACAACAGAGCCGAAGGAACAGAAAGAUCUGCUCAGGUUUCUGAAUUGCUUAAAAUGAUUGAUGCCAUGGUGCAUGGAAAUUAUGAAAAGCCCUGUUAUACUGAAAAAAUGUUUCACAAGGACGUGUCAUUUUUUGAAAAAUACUGUUCUAUACUCUAAUUGAUUACACUCAUCUGAGAUGGGUUUAUUGUAGUUUUUACCAUUUUAAAAUGGAUUUUGGAACACUUGUUUAAUGUUAAGGCUUUUAUUGGUAUAAAAAUCUUAGAAUGGAGAUUAAAAUAAUGUAUUUACAACAUUUCCCUUAAAUGUAUCACUAAUUUCACCUUGGAUAAUAAAACCUGGAAGAAUUUUAAAUCAAA